AUGGGUGCGGCUCUGCUUAUCCUGUUUGUGCCUAGAGUUAGAAAUAGCACUUUUCAUGAACAAAGCUCAGUACAAAAGAACAAAAAUAAAGAUGAUAAGCCAGAACUAUAUGCACAGAUUAGAAAAACCCGUCCACUAAGAGGAAAUACACCCAUUGAUGAUUUUUUAACACAAGAGGAAAGAAAAAAACAAAUAGAGGAUGCUACUGCUAUGAUUCAAAAAAUAAGUAAAAUGGAUAAACCUGCCUAUUUUAAGUUUUCAAAAAUACAUCCUUCAAGUGAAAAAGCGACAGCAUAUAAUAAUGAUUCAAGCAAUAAGCAGAUAAGUGUAACAGAUCCUAUGUCUGUACAUAUUGAUAAAUCUGCCAAUCCAGAACAUGCUUUAAGCUCUGACUCUGCGAAUAAAGAAGGGGAUCCUGGUUAUGAAUAUGAAGAGACUGAUGAUGAUACACACUCUUCCACUAGAAAAAGCUCUGGUACUGUUGAAAAAAGAGUAAAACAUCUCGACGAAUUCUUUAAAGAAGGAAUGAAAGACCCUAUGACUUUAGAAAAAGAGAAGAAAGAAGCCCCGAAUACUAAAGCCAAAAAAAACCAUUCUUUAGCUAGUAAUGAAAAUAGCGAUGAAAUGACAGAUCAGAGUCCUCUACCUAGUGAUGAAAAGAGUAAGAAAGGAUCUAGCAAUUACUUUAGUAAAAUUUCUAAGAAAUUCUUCAAAAAGACUUCGCCUAACAAGAAAGCAACUUGA